ACAUGGCAGCCGCGUCCCAUGUAAACAUGAAGGAAAUCAAGGAUAACUUGGAAAAUUGGGAACACCCGUCGGAACCUCUGGCACCAAUCACUGAGAAACAAGCUGAAGGCAUAUCUCAGCUCAUGGCCCAUGUUGCAGAGCGCCCUAUGCCCGAUGGAAUGCCACCGAGUUUGUCGACGACGCCAGACCCCAAACGCAAAGCGAUGCCACUGGUUCCCGAACUGUCCGAGUUACCAGAAUGCUUGCAAAAAGUUUGGAAAGGAGACGUGGCGAUCACGAAUGCACAACAGUUCCUGACGUGGUUCUCCGAGGUGGAAGAGAGGAUGAUGGAGGAAAGUGACUGGGAAUAUACCAACUACAUUGAUGUGGUGUCAUCGUACCGGGAAAAGUGCUGCGGACUGCUUAGUGAAAUCGAUGCGUCGAUGGCACAAUUGAGGUUGCUCCAAGAGGAAUACGAGCUUGUGUCGAACAAAACGAAUGCACUUCACGAAGCCUGCGAGCACCUGCUGGAUGAACAGUCAAAACUAAUGAACGCCGUUGAAACCAUUGCGGAAAAACUGCGGUACUUCACAGAGUUGGACACCUUAUCCCAAAAAAUGGCUUCCCCCGACAUUUCUGUUCUGAGUGAAACUUUCAUACCCAUGUUGACAAGACUGGACGAGUGCAUCAGCUAUCUAGAAUCAAACCCCCAAUACAAAGAAGCUGGGGCCUACCUGGUCAAGUUCAAACACAUGCAGUGGCAGGCGCUGGAGAUGAUUCGGUCGUACGUGACGAGUACCCUGGAGCACACGACACACCAAGUGUUGUCCCGCAAGGACCCCCUGUGCUCCACCGACAAUUCUUUCGCACUGCUGUACGGCAAGUUUAGGACUCAUGCACCGAGGAUUCACUCUCUGGUGGGCCAGAUUGAAGAACGGAUGGAACGAAAUGCUGAGUAUCGAGAGCUGAUGGAUGCUUGCCAUACCUGCUAUUUUGGGCAACGAGAGACUCUGCUCGGGCCUAGCGUGUCGACAGCCAUGAAAGAACUCGCAGCCACUCACCAGCGCGAUCAUUGUGCUCUGGUCAGAAGUGGGUGUGCCUUCCUGGUGCACCUCUGUGAAGAUGAACACCAGUUGUACAUGCAGUUCUUCUCCAAGGCCACUUCAUUGUUGGACGACUUCCUGGGUCACUUAUGUUGCAGACUGUAUGAUGUCUUUCGUCCCAUCAUAAUUCACAUCAAUCACCUGGAAACACUGGCAGAACUCUGCAGUAUAUUGAAGGUAGAAAUGAUGGAACAACAUGUUGCUGCGAAUCCAAAUGAGCUGCGAGCGUUUUGCAAGAUCGCUCAGCAAAUGCUCGAAGACGUGCAGGAGCGGUUGGUCUACCGUACCUUGGUCUACAUUCGCACGGAUAUCCUGGGCUACAAUCCUGCACCCGGUGAUUUGGCAUAUCCGGAAAAGCUCGAAAUGAUGGAGAGCAUUGCCGAGAGCCUUGCACAGAACUCUCUAAGCCGGUCAAGCUCGCGAGGCUCCCUGGUGUCCAUUGGUUCUUCAGCCUCCGGAAGCCUGCCCCAUCCUCAAGGCAGUGCUCACUCUACCGAAAAGCCCAACGAGGUGGCAGUGCUCCAGGUCUCAUCCUCUCAGCAUGUCACCGAAACUAGCAGCGGUGGCACCACUAUGCACACGACCGUUUCCACACAGAACUCUGAUGCUGUGCCAUCUACGAGGCACAAAGGCUAUUCUCCUGCAGACUUGCACGGAAUGUGGUACCCCACUGUUCGACGGACGCUGGUGUGCCUCUCGAAACUCUACCGCUGUGUCGAUAAAACCAUCUUCCAAGGACUCAGCCAGGAAGUGCUUGCAGCAUGUAUUGAAUCCCUAUCCGCAGCGGGGAAAGAAAUCUCAAAGAACAAGGCCAACAUAGAUGGAGAGCUGUUCCAAAUUAAGCACUUGCUCAUCCUUCGAGAACAAAUUGCACCUUUUCAAAUAGACUUUGCCAUCAAGGAAACGUCCCUGGACUUUACUAGGAUUAAAGAUGCAGCACUUAGUUUGUACAACAAAAAGUCUAGGCUCUUUUCAUUGGGAACAAACAAUGCCUUGUUGGAGUUUGUGCUUGAGGGGACGCUGUCUAUAAAGGAGAACCUUAUAGAUUCGAAGAAAGCGGUUGACAACCAGUUGAAAGCUUUGUGUGAGGAGUUUAUCGCAAACUCAGCUCGAACGCUCAUUGGACCACUUCAGGAUUUCCUGGACAAGGCAAACUUGAUUUUACAGGUGAAACAGCAGGAGCCAACGCGAACGGUGUCUCUGCGAAACCAACCGUUUGCUGCUCCUGACUCGGUGUCCACAGUGGUGAGCAGUGCCUACCGUCACCUCAAGAGCAGCCUGAAUGCGCUUGCCCGAAGCAUGUCUCUGUACCUUGCCAACAAGGACACCGAGCAGAUCCUCUUCAAGCCCAUCAAAACGAAAGUUCUGGCAUCGUAUGAGAACUUGAACCAGAUCGUGAGAACAACUUACUCUGCAGAGGACCAACAAAUCAUCGCCUGUCCAUCUGUUGAACAAAUUAAUGUCGUGUUAACAGGAUUCCAGACAAAAUGAGAAGCUACUCUGUAGCUCCAGUAACACUCUGUGACAAUGAAAGAUGCAAGUGAACGGCACACUCGAAGUGGCCAGCGGAUGCCGGCAAAGCGAUGCCCUCCGUGAACGCAUGCAUGCGCCUUCUCUUGCAGCAGUCGUGCAUUGUGUACACGUCGGGUGUGGUGCGAAUGCUUCCAAAUGUGUACAUAUGUGUAAAAAUGUUAAGUUAUUCGGAGAAGCAGUGGUAUGAAAGGAAUGUUUGCUGUUUUUUUACGUUUUAUAGUGAGAGAGGGUUGUUAUUAGAGGAAAGUAUUAAAGGUUUGUAAAGAAUCUUGUUA